AUGUGUGGACGCUUUGCAAAUGCCCAAUCGAUUCCUCAGUACCGCGCGGCGGUGCGAGAAGAGCUACCCGAUCGGCGUGCUCCCACCCCUGCUUCCGACGCAGACGACUAUACCCCAUCGCACAAUGUUGCGCCGCAGACACGCAGCCCAGUCGUGCGCCGCGAACUCACCUGGGAGCGCGAGCUGCGUCUGAAAUCAAUCCGCAAUCCGACCGAGCAAGACCGAGAGCUCCAGCUCAUCAUCCAAACCAUGAAGUGGGGUCUCGUACCUCGUUUCCACAAAAAGCCACCCAGCUAUGGCGAAGCGUACAAAACGAUAAACGCGCGCGAUGAUACCAUCCUGUCACCGCAAAAGUCGAUGUGGCAUUCGCUGCUGCCGAGCCAGCGCUGUGUGGUGUUUGUUCAGGGGUUUUACGAGUGGCAGAAGCGAGGUGGUUCUGGGGAUGCGGAUAACGUGGAGCGGAUCCCACAUUUCGUGGGGAUGACAGAACCCGGUCAUGGUCGAAACGACAAGCUGGGACAUGGAAAGCGUCUUAUGCCUCUGGCAGGGCUGUGGGAAUCUGUCCGAUUCGAAGGACAAGACAAACCGCUCUACACCUUUACCAUCGUCACAACGGCAAGCAAUAAACAGCUAGGGUUCCUACACGAUCGUAUGCCUGUCAUUCUGCCCACUGCUCAGGCUAUAUCCACCUGGCUAGGCAUGGGUGUUGAAACGAAAUCGGAGGACGAAGUGAAGACGGGAAAAGACGUGGAUGACAGCUGGAGCCUUGACGUAGCCAAGCUGUUGAGGCCGCUGCAGGGUGAACUGGAGUGUUACAAGGUGCCUAAAGAAGUGGGCAAGGUGGGUAACAAUAAUCCGAGCUUUAUCCUGCCGAUCGAGGAGCGAAAGGAUGGCUUGAAGGCUUUUUUAGCUAGGCAGAAGCAGCCCAAGCAGGCGACGUCUGGGAUACCGACGACUCUCCGGGAGACGAACGAAAGCUCAGCAGAUGUUGUCAAGAAAGAACCUUCGCAAAAUGUGGAUAUCAUCAUGUCGACCUGCUCUAAGGAUUCGCACGCGCUGCGGACCGCGCAAGAAGCGGAAGAGCAAGCAGCUUUGGCGGAGGUGGGCGCACGGGCAGAGCAGGAAGAGGAAGAUCGAAAGUUGGCCGAGCAGAUGCAGCAAGAAUUCGAACAACAAGCGGCAACAGGCGCACAAGAGGAUAGUGGAGCGAAAGAGAUUAGUCGCAGCGAGUCGAUCGUUGUUCUUCGGACGACAUCCAAUUCUGAGUCGACACAGAAUUCAGCAAGGCGGAUGAAAUCGCAAGAAUCUGAUUCGACUCAAGGUGACGAUGUCGGAGAUGGGUUUGGCGUUCGUCGAGGUGAGGAGGCGAUUAAGGAUUCGACAUGGAAACGGCACCGUUCGGCAUCUGCUAGUGAUGGACCUUCGAAACGUAGCCGUGCCUGCUCUUCUUCGUCAUCGUCAUCGUCAUCGUCACCGCACACACACAACCUCGAUGCCAACACAAACGCUCUUGAACCAUCGAGUCGCUUCUCACCGGAUCCCUACAACCCACCGCUGUCGCCUCCUCGUCCUCGUGGAGGAUACAGCCGUGAACUCUCACCCUCGAGCGGUGGAGGGAUCCACAUCAACCCUCCGCGAGGCAAGACGCGAGCCAAACCGCGGCACGAAGCUUUCCCACAAGCUCCACCACACCCCUGGAGGUCUCCGCCGAAGAAGGAGAGAGGGCCGAUAGACGAGAUGCUCGAUCGCCAGAGGAGGAAUGCAGAACACGAGAGACACGAUCAGCGAACGAUGCGGAGCGAGCCGAGUCCAGCACGUGCAAGCCAAGGCACGCUUGAUGGGCGCAGUCCGAAGGCGAAGCGAGCGCAAGCGAUGCGUGCUGCCAGGAGCGAUAAGGGGAAGCGGGCAGGGUCAGACAUCAGGUCGUUCUUUUCGCCUCAGAACAAGUCGUAG